CAGAAGGCAAACGUGAAAGCACGUAUAAGUAGGUUAGUUUUAGCGGUUAAACUCUUCUAAACCGAUUUUCCCGCUAACAAAGAAAACAUCUGCCUCUGUUCCUAAACAGAGAAACUUAAUUCAGACGAUAACAACACCAACAAACCCUCUUUCUUCCUCUGUUUCUUGCCUCCUUUUAUAUAUCUCCUAUGUUAUCAUUUUCCUGCUCUUUUCUGUUCCCACAUUUUUCGCCAUCAUUUGAAUCUGCCAAUUCAAUAUUUCUGUCAUUUCCUCUAUUGGGUUGGUCAGAUCUCAAAGCUUUUAGGACAUUUUCAAGUCAAAUAUACCAUUUUGACAGAUUGAUCAAGAGCUGAUAUGUUGUGUUGUGGAGGUGCAGAGGAGGAACUUGACGGCCCGCCUGCUAAUCAAUAUACAGCUCCACCUAAAGGAGGCAAUAACUAUGCUGGCGGCGGCGAGAGAGCAGAGCCAAGGAGUAAUAAUCCUGCCAAAAGUGGAACUCCGCAAAAGGUCUUACCAAUAGAAGUUCCAGCAUUAUCAUUGGACGAGUUAAACAGAUUAACAGGUAACUUUGGCACCAAGGCUUUGAUUGGAGAAGGUUCAUAUGGUCGUGUUUUCUAUGCCAAGUUAAAUAACGGUGAGGAGGCUGCAAUAAAGAAGCUAGAUACCAGCACUUCACAGGAACCAGAUUCUGAUUUUGCAGCUCAGUUAUCAGUGGUUUCUAGGCUUAAGCACGAGCACUUUGUGGAGUUGAUCGGAUAUUGUUUGGAGGCAAACAAUCGAAUCCUAAUUUAUCAGUUUGCAACAAUGGGUUCUUUGCACGAUGUACUGCAUGGAAGGAAAGGAGUGCAAGGGGCUGAACCAGGCCCUGCACUUAGCUGGAACCAAAGAGUUAUAGUUGCCUAUGGUGCAGCGAAAGGGCUCGAGUAUCUGCACGAAAAAGUUCAGCCUUCAGUAGUUCAUCGCGAUGUUAGAUCGAGCAAUGUACUACUUUUUGAUGAUUUCACGUCUAAAAUCGCAGAUUUUAACUUGUCAAGUGCGUCUUCUGAUACUGCAGCUAGGCUGCAUUCAACAAGAGUCUUAGGAACAUUUGGCUAUCAUGCUCCAGAGUAUGCCAUGACAGGACAGAUAACUCAGAAAAGUGAUGUAUACAGUUUUGGAGUGGUUCUUCUAGAGCUCUUGACAGGAAGAAAGCCAGUAGACCAUACAAUGCCUAAGGGACAACAAAGUCUUGUUACUUGGGCAACUCCAAGAUUGAGUGAGGACAAGGUGAAGCAAUGUGUGGAUCCUAAACUAAACAAUGACUACCCACCAAAGGCAGUUGCCAAGUUAGCAGCAGUGGCAGCACUCUGUGUUCAAUAUGAGGCAGAUUUCAGGCCAAACAUGACAAUUGUUGUAAAGGCACUGCAGCCACUUCUCAACUCAAAACCAGCAGGGCCAGAGUCUCACACAUAAUUCAACAUAGAUUUCAGACUCAUUGUAAUAUGCAGCUUUCUCCGUGACCAUUUUCAGUCCCCCUUUUCAUCCUUCUGCAACAGCAUCUGUCAAGGUCUCAGGAUACUAAUCAGAGAAGAACCAUAAUCAUAUCUACCUUUAUACAGAAACUCAGGAACUACACUGUUAGUAUGCUUGAUAGAUUGUAUAUUAGCUGUUUGGAAAACAAGAAUAUGCCUUGUGUAUCACUUCAAAACUGUAGUCUUUUGUUUGUUCUUGUCUUUAAGCAUGUGAGAAAUGUUAUGGGGAUGUCUGUUGCUCGUGCAGGUUGUGUUGCAGUAUAAUUCUUCCGCUCGUCCUCUCCAACCCCAAUUUCAUUUAUUUGUUUCUGAACGUUUCUUUAGGAAAAUCGUUGUUCGGAUUAGACAUUCCGAUUGUUGAUAUAAAAAUGCUAUAUAAUAUUUUGAACAUUUCUUGAAUGAAUAACUCAAAAGAAAAUCACAAGUAGAAUUUCUUUUUUGUUACAAUCACAAGUAGUAUUUAAUCUAACAUCAAUUCACAAUAGAUAUUACUACUAAACGCAUUAUAUGAUUCAAAACCCAAAUUCUUGUAUAUUAAUCACAAUUAUAGAGAGAGAUUCUCUUCUUCCUUGUAUAUUGUGUAUUCUAUAGAAGGGGAAAUAAACUUUAUUUACUAAUCAUAUUAUGUCCAUGUAUUGGUAACUGCAUUACACUAGAUAUUGAAGAAGUUUGUAGUGCAAGUAUCCAAGUAUAUAAUCAUAUACUUGGAGAUUGGGAGUGGUAUAUGGACACUGAUUCAGUUCCUUUCUUCACAAACCAGAAACCCAUACCCAAAGGCAAAACAGGAGUGUCAAUUUCAUGUCGGCCAAUGCUCUCUGUGCAAUUGGAUCAAUCAUCACAAUCCAUCCUCACUUCCCUAAAAACAACUACCACUCCCUCGCUUUGAACUGCCUCUUGAAUUCCUGUUCCUCCCUUUCCCACCUUAAACUUACCCAUGCUCUAAGUAUUACAACUGGGUUUCACAACAGCCUCCUCCUCUCCACAAAGCUUAUAACUUCGGCUUCCGCUUUAUCAUCAUCGAUGGACUAUGCUCGAAAGCUGUUCGACAAAAUGCCCCAGAGAGAUGUCUUUCUUUGGAAUACUUUAAUUAGGGGAUAUGCUGAUCUGGGUCCUUAUCAGGAGGCUGUAAUGCUUUAUAAAACCAUGCAUCACGAUGGGUUCUUACCAGAUAAUUAUACUUUCCCUUUCGUGGUUCGAUCCUGCGCAGUGAUAUCGGCUUUAAAGGAGGGGAAAGAAGUGUAUUGUAAUGUUAUUAAAAAUGGGUUUGAUUUGGAUGUGUUUGCACAGUGCUUUAGUCUCUACGUAUGCUCAAGGUGGGGAGACUUUGAGAAAGGAGAUUGUUUUGGUGAAGUGGUUGUAAGGAAUAUUGUUUCUUGGACUGCAGUUACUGCAGGUUACGUGCAAAAUGGGCUUUUCAAGUAGGGGUUGACGAUUUUUAGAGAUAUGGUGAGAUCAGGAACUCAACCAAAUGCAAUUACAUUAGUGAGCGUCCUUCCUGCAUGUAAUGGUUUGGACUUCCUAAAUUUAGGGAAAUUGAUUCAUGCCUAUGGGACUAAGGUUGGAGUAGAUUCUGAUGUCUCAUUAAGGAACUCUUUUAUUGCAUUAUAUGGGAAAUGUGGGGAUCUUAACACAGUUAUUUAAUGAGAUGGCUUAAGAGCUUGGCCUCAUGGAAUGCAAUGAUGGCAGCAUAUGAAGGGAACAAUGCCAGAAGAGAUGCGAUAAAGCUCUUCCUUAGAAUGCUUUGUAAGAAGGUGGAAUAUGAGUAUAUAACAAUAGUUAGUGUUAUUUCAGCUUGUAUUAGUUUAGGUGCACUUGAUACUGGAAAAUGGUUGCUUGAGCUUAUCGCACAAAAAGGCAUUGAAACCAGUGUUCCCAUUAUGAAUGCUCUUAUUAACAUGUAUUUAAAAUGUGGAUGCAUAGAAUUGGCCAAGGAUAUUUUUGAGAGGUUACCUCAUAGAACCAGGAUCCAAGAAGGCAAAACGGCUGUAGUUUCCAAUUAUUGCAGUCAAUCAGGAUCUAAAGAAGUUCUAGAAGCUGUCAUUGCUGGAACAAAUGAGGUGGCAGGAAAGAAGGAAGAAUUAUCCAAGGGAAAAGAUUCCUUUUCCAUAGCAGAAUUAGUUAUUUACUAUAGCUGUAUUUUGUCUUCUAGCUUAACAAAUUAGUAGUUGUUUUAUUGUCCUUUAGCUUGCUUUCUAGAAGUAUUCCCUAAAUGAUUAGGCUAAUAUAUAGCCAAUGAUUGUAUGAAUGGAAUUCUCAUGACAAUAUUGAAAUCAAUACAAUUUUCUCUCGAUUUUCUGUUCUGUUAUCUUGUCUUACUCUCACUCCCUCUCCUAUUCUUCUUCUUCCUGAUCACAACAUACAUUGCUGCUUCCUUCUUCUUACUCUUAAUUCUUCACUUCUCAAUCCUUAAUUCCUCUAUGUGUUUGUUUAAUCCUUCCAUCUAAAUCCCGAAACCUUGUCAUUCUAGCUCAUCACCCUGGAUCCUGACAGUCUUGGACUUUAAUGAUUGAGGCUUGUGCAUACCAUGGUAAUAUAGAUGAUGCUCUCAAGCUACUCUGGAAGAUGAAAGGAGAGGGAAUUAAACCAAAUAGUGUCUCACUUUCACCACUGUUUUGACUGCUUGCGGGCAUUCUGGUCUAGUUGAAGAAGGGAGAAAGCUCUUUGAGAGCAUGACAAAAAAUUACUCAAUUGUGCCUUGUGUAGAAUAAUGUGCUUGCAUGGUAGAUCUCCUUGGUAUAGCUGGUUGCUUGAUAGAGGCAUAUGAAUUCUUUCAAAACAUGCCAAUUGCACCAGAUUCAGGCAUUUGGGGAGCUUUGCUUGGGGCUUGUAGAAUACAUAGCAAUGUUGAACUAGCUGAACUUGUAACAAAGGAGUUGCUUCAGUUGGAUCCUCAAUCUGUAAUUCCUGUGGCCUCAUGUCGUAUAUAUAUGCGGAAGUUGGUAGACGGCUAGGUUAAGAAACUUGAUGGAGGAAAGAGAGUUGAAAAAACUUCCUGGCUAAAGCUUGGUUGAGGCUAAUCAAAGAUUUCAUACAUUUCUAGCAGGUUUGAGAUCCAAACCCUCUCGGGCUUCUCAAUGAACAGAUUUUAUAUUCACUUUGAGUAAGGACCGCCUUUGCAAGGUAAUUUUUUCCUUGUACCCUAAGCAUGCAACACUUCCGGGCAAUUAUUAUGAUACUUACAGAGCAGUUGAGUAUGCCUUCAUUCUUAUUUGAUAUUCCAUAACUUGAUGAUGUGUGAAAUAUGCAGCUGUGGAAUCGGACUACCUACUGUGUUGGAAAUAUGCAUGGUAUUUUAGGGAAUGGAAAAAGAAUGAAAUGAGGGUCGAAUUGUUGAUUGAAUACGAGAGAUGGAAUGACUGUGAUGCACUACAAUCUGAGUGUACUCAUGCCAGCAUAUACGGGCACAUAUAAGAACUAAAUUCUAAUCAGUCAGGUUUCAGUUGAUUCAGAAGCGAAACAUCUCCACUUCCACUUUAUGAGCACAGAAUUGGCAUGUUCAUCACCAUAUGAAGUAUUUACGCCUUUCUUGUAGACAUGUUGAUUUUAUUUCUCGGGAAUUGAAAGAAUAAUUUAGCACUUGAUGAAGUGUACGAUACUGCAGAUAUUCUGUAAUAGUUACUAUCACACGGAUUGUGUAAAAUGAAAGUUAUCUGAGAUGGUUUCCAGAAAAAUUCAUAUCAA